GGAUCGCGGCCAGGAUGGCUCUGCGCUCUGCGCCCCUCUUGCUCCUGGUGUUGGUGGCUGUGGCCCUGAGGGAGAGCUGCUUUGGCACCUCCUCGCAUUCCAUGAAGUAUUGCUUCACCUCCAUCUCGGACCCAAAUCAGGGGCAGCCCUACCAUGUGGCCAUGGGGUUUGUGGACGGUCAGGUCUUCCUUCACUACGACAGCCACAGCCGGAAGUUGGAGUCUCGAGUCUCCUGGAUGGAGAAGGUGGGGAAGGAGGACCCCAAAUACUGGGUGAGAAACACCCAGAUGGCACGUGACACUGAGGAGGCAUCCAGAGGAGACCUAGAGACUCUGAGGCUUCGCUACAAUCAGAGCAAAAGCCUUCACACAUGGCAGAGGAUGUAUGGCUGUGAGCUCCGGGGUGACGGGAGCAGGGGUGGAUUUGACCAAUAUGGCUACGAUGGGAGGACCUUCCUCACCUUCGACAAGGAUAUCCUCACCUGGGUGGCUCCUGACCCCCAAGCCCAGAUCUCCAAGAGGAAAUGGGAUGCUAGUCCAGUAUAUAAUUGGAGAGGGAAGGCCUAUCUGGAGGAAGUCUGCAUCAAGUGGCUGGAGAAGCACCUGUCCUACGGGAAGGAGAUGCUUCUCAGGAGAGAGCCCACA